UUUUAAAAUUGUUUAUUGAUUUUUUUAUAUAUUUAUUUUAGUAUGUGAUCUGCAGAAGUGGUAAUUCCCAGAAGAAGGAAUCAGAUCCCAUUACAGAUGGUUGUGAGCCACCAUGCAGUUGCUGGGAGUUGAACUCAGGACCUCUGGAAGAGCAGCCAGUGAAGUUAACUGUGGAGAUAUCUCUCCAGCCCUCAGGUCCAGUCUUAAGUUGGCUGUGUGGUCCAGCAAAGAUAUCAGUCUCCUUGAAUAUACAAGAUAAUUUUUAUAAAAUCAUUCUCACUACAGAAUCAAGUGAAAAAGUGAUGUAAAAACAAUUUAAAACUUGAAAACAAAGGCCAAAGGGUAAAGCACACCCUAACACACACCCAAUUAUUAAUUAGUGCUUUAGGAAACAUGUCAUUGUUUGCUUUGUUAACGAACCUUGGUUCAGUUUGUUAUUUACUGUUUGUAAGAAGAGUUCAUGCUGUUGAAGUGGUAGCUUAUGGUCUUUGCCCUAUGUAACUGUAAAUGAUUUUUGUCUAGUAAAAAGAGACUGUAAAUAUUCAUUCAUUUUGACUCACAGUGUUAAGAUGUAGGGUAUUGAAGUCUAAACUUAUUUCAGACCUUAGUUAAUAGACUGCGACUACUCUUAACUUUUCUGUAAGUCAGCUACUCUGUCUUUCUGGUCUCCUCAGUAAAGAGUUAAAUCAAUCUUGGAAACAUUCAUUCUAUAUUUGUAUGAUUGGCAUAUCUUUAAAUUUUGAAAAUUGUAUUUUGACAAUUAUGAGGAGUUAACCUCAUUCUAAGGGGUUACAUGAACUGGGUGACUGGUGUUGCCAUUACUCAUGACAGAAAGAAAAAGAGGAGAGAAUACAUUAAAAGGAAACGGGGAUGAUGCCAGGUUUUGUUUUGGCACAUUAGGCUCUAUUGAGGCACAAAUAUAUGAUCCACAGACAGAAAUCUAAGUUUCUAGUGGAAUAACUAGAAUGGCACAAAUGAAACACUUAACAAAGUUUAGUCGUUAGCAUAUAGGUGAUGUUUAAAGACAAAGAGUAAUGGGUUGGGGGAUUGGUGAGGAAAAGUCAACAUUGUAAGAAGCUAGGGAAAGCUCAUGAGAAGUAGCUGGGACAGCGGUUUCACAAGCAAAGGCUUAAUCAUCAGACGUGACCCAGGGGUGUGAAAUGAGAAGAUGCAAACUGGGCUUAGUGUGUAAUGACCUAGUAAAAUGUUCUAGGAGAUAGGAGAGGCUUGAUAUGCCUUGAGUUGGGAGAAAACGAGACCCGGGAUAUGAAUUGGAGAUACAGAUGGCCUUUUAAGGAAUCUACAUUAGGUCUAAAAUCUACAUUACAGCACAGUAACAGCUCGAAAUCUGUUAAUGUCUUUUCAUUACACUUAGGAUAAAUUUCCCGGUGUCAUCAGGGUAUACUGGGAUCCAGGUAAACAGAGCAGUGCUUAGCAGUUGAAUUUCUUACAUCAUUUCAUUUUGCAAUUAUGCUUAUCAUUGUUCUUCCUCUGUCUCUAAUGUGUCAAUCAAUGCCUUUUCCUGUCUUAGGGCUUUGAUGUAGCAGCCUUCCUGAGCAUAGUGGGAGUGCAAUGAAGACACAUCGCUCAGAUCUUCCUCCGAGAAGACCUAUUGUGAGGAGCAGAGGUGAUGCCUCUGAGCAUCCGUAGGGUCACCCCUGAAUUCAACCCUGGCCUGGCAGUGACAGAAGAGUCACUGGGUAAGGUCUUCUGGCACAGUCGACCUGUGUGAGUCUCCUCUAAGGGGAAACUUUUGUUUGGGGGCCCCAACGGACUGAGAUUUUCUUACAACCCUGUAAGUCAGUGAAGUUCUUGCUUUCCUUUUCAAAGGCCUUAGAACUGCCUUGCUGUCUGAAGGCUGUCUCAUUUUCUGUUCGCUAUAUAUUUCUAUUUCACAGGGGUUCCCUGGUUUGUCUUCUGUCACAAGGAGGGACUGCAUGUGACAGUGACAAUUAUUUAACCUCUCGGUGCUGGACACUUUUACAGAUCCACAGCACAUAGGCUCCAUUUAUCUCCAGUCCCAAUUCAGUUUUCCUAUGUUGUUGUUCUACCUUGUAAUUUGUAAACUCUGGGGUUUUUGUUGUUGCCGGUUUUUGUAUGCUAUUCUAAGGUGAAUCUGAGACACUUUGAACGUUUUACCUUGAAAAACCUCAGUUUGCAUCUCAAAAAGAACAUUUUCAUAAGUGGACAAAAAUAUUAUUAGAAUGCCUGAGGGAAUUAAUGAUUUCUUUGUAUAAUUGAAUUCUCCAUUCAUAUACAAAUUUCCUCAAUUAUCCCCAUAAUGCCUUUUAUAGCUGCUUUGUCAAAACUCUUAUCUAAGCCAGGACAAGGAUUUUCUGGAGUCCCUAAGUCUUUUAAAAUCUAAGCCAAUCUCCUUUUUCCUACUCUCAUUUGACAAGGCAGGGGCAGUUGUUGUAAAGGAUACUUUCCUUUUUUGAUCUGUCUGGUUGUUUCUUCACAGCGUCUCUAUAAAAAGGUGCCUCCUCUACUAUCAAUGCCAACCUGAGACUCUGCAGCAGUCACACAACAGCUAGCUCCCCACUCCUCCCAUCUGGUGUCUCUACGAACCACUUAGUCAAGGUAUUUUCUAUAAGCAGAAUAAUAUAUCUUCUUUGGUACAUGGUUUAUUUCACUCGAUGCAAAGAAUUUAAGGAUCAACCGUGUUCUAGACACAGGGAUUUUAUUUCUUAAGGCCAAAUGAUACUUGAUUGUAGUAUACAGUAUGUUUUAUCUAGUAACUCAUCUGUCCAUACAUAUUUGUUUCCACAGUUUGACUAAUGUAAAUAACACUACUCUGAGUGUGUUUCCUGUUUGAUUUUCUGUUUUCAUUUUGUUUGGGCAUGUACCUGAGGUAUGUCAUGUUGAUUUUAAAAAAAAAAUAAUCACCAUUGUUUUCCACAGAAAUAUUUUAUAUUCAUGUUUGCAAUCUAUGACCUGGUGUAGUGCUGGUGCUUGUCUGGGGAAAUCACUCAGUCUGUUCCACGGCACUAACAAAGAAUUGGCCUGGCAAAUAUAGAAGACCACGCCUCUCAAGUAGGGAAAAUAAGAACUGUAUCUCUUCAGGAUGGUAGAGCCCUCCCUAAGGAUGGGAAUCCAAUAAAUGGAUUCUGGUUUGAGUCCUCCCGUUUCCACUGUUGGGCCUGCUCAGAUGCCUGCCCCGUGCCUUCCUACUAUCUCUCCUCAAAAUAUCUUCUGUGACCAAGAAGACAGCAUUUCAGGGAGAAGGGUCACUUUUGCAUUCCUUGUCUGCUUAUAUUCUUUAAUUCCCCUUCAAUCCCAUAUCUAUAUCAACAGGUGCUAGGUUUUUUUUUUUUUGCUUCAUAUUGUUAUUUUGUUUUUAAUUGACAUGAUUAUCAUAUAAAUGAAAGGGGUCUAAUUUGAUGUUUUGGUUUAUAUAUACAGAAUAUUGACCAAUUGAGGGCACUUAGGAUAGCCAUCUUUCAACACUUAUAAUUUCCUUCUGUAUCACAAUUAAAACUCCCUUCUUAUCUACUUAGAGAUGUGCAGUACACUAUAUACUAAUUCUAAGUUAACUUAUUCUCUCCUGAAAAUGUGCUUUUGUGCCUAUUUGACCAAUCUCUGUAUGUUCCACUCAUCAAUCUUCAGUCCUGAGCAACAUUAUCAUAUUCAUUUUCUAUCUCUCCAUGAUCAACUUUUUAAAAGAGUAGUAGACUAAACAUUUAAACUCUUUGAAUAUUUAAUCUCUAAAGGGGAUCUCAUAAUAUUUUUUGAGCAACCAUUGGGUCAUCUCUUGAGUGUAUAGUUGAUUUUCUUUAAACGUAUUUAAGUUGGUUCUUGUCAUUGGAAUAGAAUGGCGGAGGAAAGUAACAUAGGGAAGAGCAGUGGUAGUUUUUCUAAGAGUUGCCUUGCCUUGGUCAUAGUGUCUAUUCACAGAAAUGGAGCAAUGACUAAGACAGGAAGUGGUGAUUGGUUUUGGCUCACAGUUUGAGGGUACAGUCUACCAUGGGACAGGAGGAUGAUGACAGGCAGCUGUUUACACUGCAUCUGCAGUGAGAUUGCAGAGAAAGAUGAAUAAUCCUGCUCAACUCCUCUUUUUCUUCCUUAUUCAGUCAUAACUUGAGCCCAAGAAAUGGUGCCAUUUAUACUUACGGUUGUCUUCCACCUCAGUAAAACUAAUCUAGAAACUCCUUCACAGAUAUACACAGAGAUUUGUUCCUAUGGUGACUUUAAGUCCCAUCAAACUGAUGAUCAAAGUUAAGCAUUACAGUAACUUAACUAUUAUUUCCCUUUUAAAUUUAAAUCACUACACUUGAACUAUCCUGCUCAACUUGAACAAUGUAUUUCUUAUAUUCCCUUUUAAAAAAAAUCUAUCAUAUUUCUGUAGCUUAGAUUGUGUAUGAAAGACACUAUAAUAGAGAUGUAUGCAAAUUAGGUUGAACAGAAGGCUUCUUAGAAACAAGUUUUGUAAGGAACUAGCAGAGCAGAUUGGAUAGAGGGAGAAGGUGAACUAUGAGGUGAUUAAGACAGAAGCCUCAGAGGACUGCAGAGUGAGCUGCGAAGUUGGAGAAGUCUCUUUUGUUUCUUUGUUUUAGAAAAAAAUGAAAACAAACAAGCAAGUAGCCUCCCCUUCCUUCAUACUGAGAAGUCUUUGGGUGCAUCUUGCCUGUAUGGAAGUUGUAUAUUACUGCUCAAGGAAUUUACUUUGUGGAGAGCAAUUGCCCAGGAGGAAUUGAGCUGUGAGUUUUCAAUAGCUAGGGCUGUUGGAAUCUGGAGGACUAAGGAUCUGAGACAGGCAUAUGAGUGGUACUUACUCCACUGCAUUCAUUAUCCCCUGAGGUAGUGUGUCUUGGCUUAUGACAUUUUAAAGAAAUGACAUUCUUUUUUGCAUAUACAUAAUCAUUUUAUUUGCUUUCUUUAAUAAAUAUGAAUUUAAGUAUAAACUCAAUGUUCAAAUAUUUCAUUCACAAUUUUUGAUUUUUGGUCGAAAUCAAUGAUAUUUUCCCUUGAAAAUGUAACACAGCUCUCAUCAAUUGCACAGACCUUUUAAAUGGUUUGUAUUUUUUUAUUGACUAGAAAGAUACCUAAAUCACGAGUGGUGUUGGGAGGUAAUCAACAAAACACAUUUUUACAUUUUCCUCAAACACCAAACCAGAAAAUGAAAUAAUUUUACUACAGAUUUAAGACCCGUGGUUUAGAUUGUUCUUUAUAGUUCAUAAUCUUCACCAACACAAGACAAUGAAACUAAACCAAACUAUAAAAGAGACAAGAAGCUUGUGGGAUAUAUGACUGCUUUUGUGACUUCUGAAACUGAUUCAUGGGAUCAAAAACUACUAAUGAAGUAAGGGGUCUAUUCCAGAAUUUUGGUAAGCGUUAAUGGUAUUUGAACUAUGUAAUUGUGCUGUCUCUCACAGAUUCUUUGUGAAAGUACCUUAUAGUAGCUCUGACAAAUCUUAUCACAAGUUUGCUUUUAGUUUUGAAAGUCAGACACUAUCUGUAGGCUUCACUGGGCCAAAAACUGGUUGGAAAGACUGGGAUUCUUCUGGAAAUGUCUAGCAGACAUACCCAGUCUUUUGAAAUUGGGAAACAAUAUUGCCAUCUACGAAGUUUACUUUGGCAAACUGCACAACUGAGUUAUAAAUCAUCCUGCCAAAGUCUCAUAACUCUUUAAGUAAUUUAUGCUUUUGCAUUUGGUGGUGUUCAUCACUGUCCUGAUGUCUGUCACUCCUGCUUCCAGGGACAUCAUUAUUCUUCACUGUUCGAUUUCGGCUUCUAGCAUCCAUGACUCAGGGGAAUGCUUCUCUACAUCUCUGUUUUCAAAACCAUGAUAACAGACUGAGCCUUAACAAGUCUUUUCUGGCUCUGAUCACAGGUGGGUAAAAGUCCUGUACUCGUCAGAAUUAGACAUUGUGAUUAGACUCUGUUCCCUCUCAUGACCCAUUUUAACAUUAUAUCUCAAGGUGUGGAUUCUAAUUUGACUCGUAGACAUCUUUUCCCCUAUUAGGUACCAUAUUUAUGGUUUCAGGAUACCAAGAUGUAGCCUUAGCUAUUAUUCUACCUAUCAUACCACUAUGAUCUAUGUACAGCCUCCAGAACAGUCACUUAUGAAUCACUGGUAAUUGUACAAUGUUUAACUUAACUUCAUAUCUGUGCACUAAAUAGUUAACAUUAAAUAUUUAAGAAAUAAAAGUACUUAAUUUUAUAUUUUAGGCAGAGUCUCACUACUAGUCCUGGCUGGCCUGGAAUUCACAAUGUAAAGAACUCAGAGAUCCGAUUGUAUGUCUAUUGGGUGCUGGGAUUAAAAGUAUGUAGCACCACGCCCAGCAAGUUCUUCAUUUCUCUACUUUGGUUUUGGGAAUGCUACCAUUUAGCUAUUACUUUUUAGUUCUAUCCCAACUCUCUAGUCAAAUUUCUAUCUACACUCCAGGCUUAACUCAUACACAGCCAAUUACCCAGUGUCCUUCCUUCACAUACAAAUUUAGAUAUAGUAUUUCCCUUUUCUAACACCUAGCCCCAGUUUAUUGUAUUUAUGCCUAUAAGAACUGCUUGGUUAGCUCAGGAGUUUCCAAGUUUUCCACAAUAAGACUUCGUUUUACGCAUCAAGUAUUUAUGGAACACCUAAGUUCCAGAUAUUUCAUUUGGUACAAAUAUUCGUGUAAACGGAAUUGUGGCCUUGAGGACAGUCGGUCUAGCAGCUUGGUGAUCGAAGUAAGCUUCAAGAGGCUUGGUGGGGAGUGGAGAUAGAAUGCACACACAAGGUUUACAGCACUAGAAAGUGAAGAGCAGAAGCAAACAAAUACAUUGCAAGUCGCACAGAAGAAAAGGAUGGUUUAGGUAGUCUCACUGUACAUGACCUAACAAAACAACAAAAUGAAAAGACUAAUCCAGUCUGCCUUAAAAUCACUUGGGAAAGCUGUACGGGGAAGAAUGCUUAGCUUGGUCGUUACUGAACUAAGAUUGGAGAACAUCACCUUUAGAUUUAAGUUUCUCGGGUGUACCAGCCACCCAGAAUUGUACAUCUUUUUGUAGACCUGGUUCCUCAAUCACUGCUCCGUCUGAGCAGGCUGCUUGUGCCGUGCCUUCUUCCCCUUCCUUCGGUCGACGCUGUGCACGCGUGCUCGGAACUCCAGCACCAUGUCACCCGUAGAGCCUAGCCUUGCCUGCCUGAACCCCGCGUGGUGACUUAACAGGCGCGCAAAGGAUUCAGGAAAGCAUCUGGCCAAUCCAAGGGGUCAGACAGACAGCAGGGCGAAAUGUGUACUUGACUGACAUGAAUGCUGACCAAUGGAAACAGAAGACAAUCGACGCUUCCGCCCCAAUGGGCCGGCUGUUGGCAAUUUCGGCCAAUCGCACCCAGAAACUUCUGUCAGAGGUGAGCUUGUAGUAGACAAAACAAAAAGGAAAAAACGAAGAGAACUCUCUGAAGAACAGAAGCAAGAAAUUAAAGAUGCUUUUGAACUGUUUGAUACCGACAAAGACCAAGCCAUAGAUUAUCAUGAAUUAAAGGUGGCAAUGAGAGCCUUGGGUUUUGAUGUGAAAAAGGCGGAUGUAUUGAAGAUUCUUAAAGAUUAUGACAGAGAAGCCACAGGCAAGAUCACAUUUGAAGAUUUUAAUGAAGUUGUGACAGACUGGAUACUAGAAAGAGAUCCACACGAGGAGAUCCUGAAAGCAUUUAAACUAUUUGAUGAUGAUGAUUCAGGAAAGAUAAGCUUGAGGAACUUGCGCCGUGUUGCCCGAGAGCUGGGUGAGAAUAUGAGCGAUGAGGAGCUCCGGGCCAUGAUCGAGGAGUUUGAUAAGGACGGCGAUGGGGAGAUAAAUCAAGAGGAAUUCAUUGCUAUUAUGACUGGUGACAUAUAAAGAAUUACAAGACUGAACACCAAAAUGUUGUGGUUACCAUCUCUCUUCUCUUUGUGUGCCUGGAGCCCUGUUUAAGAAAACAAAACAAAACAAUCCAACCUAGUUCUUUUUCUGAAAGGAACAAACCAAGCAUCCUUUGUAUGUAUAUUUCAAUACUGUUAAGUUUAUGUCAUCAAUGUAGUAGUUGACUUCACAUUUAUAAUACAUGUUUAUAUAAAGCUUUAAAACAUCAAA